GAAUCAAAAAGGCUAUUGACUUAAUGUCAUACACAUUUAGUCACAGUUUUUGAGCAAGGCAUGGGACUUAAAGGAGAGGAUUAUUUUGCGGAACACCUCAACGGGACAGCUCCAACUGAAUCAGCUACUUACAAGAAGUGGUUCAUCGAUGUUGAUCAUCUUUACGCUUGUCUCUUUAUCAAUGGGGAUCAUUGGGUUGCUCUUGAUAUUGACUUGCCUGUGAGGAGGAUUAACAUCUACGAUAGCAUCCCACACUUGACCACUAAUCCUCAAAUCUCGAAACAAUGCAUGUUUUUGCGGUUGAUGAUCCCUGCCAUGAUGAGUGCUUUCGUACCUAUCAACAUACGUAAGAAGAGUAAUGCAAUGUUGGACGUGAAAAGGAUUACAAAGAAGGUACCUUUGAAUAAAGAUCCCGGCGAUUGUGCUAUCUACACACUCAAAUACAUCGAGUGUUUGGCUCUAAGGAAAUCAUUCGAUGGGCUUUGCGAUGAAAACAUAGAUGCCAUAUGUGUUAAACUUGCAGCGGAGCUAUUUGAUGAAGUGAGAGAGUCAGCCAAACCGUCUAAUCUUGAUCUUUGUGGUGUAGGUUUCAUCGAAUGAGUGACUUUGAUUUAUGUAAUCUCGUACUUAUAGGUCUUUUGUU